GGCUGCAGGCACCGCGCAGCACACGCCGCUUCCCGGGGAAAAGUCUGCUUGUGCCGUGUUCCAACGAGCUGGGGAGUAAAGGUGCUCUCGGGUCACUGAAGGAAAGGACUGUUUGAAGGCCAGAUUGUAAAUGACUGUUCUUACUCUAUGUAAGGCUUUGGCUGUGGCUUUUAAAGAACAGAGCAAAACCUUUUUUGUUUGGGUUUUUCUUCUCUACGGUCACUAAUAUGGUUAAACUCUCUUCACUGGAGAGUGUUUCUUAACAGAAAAUUUUAGGUUUUAUGUACAGGCAGAAGUUAGAGAAGGUCUUGAUGUCUCAGUGUUGGUGAUUGCGUAGAAAAACCUGCUUUAGGUCAGAUGAGCAGAGGAACUGAGUGACUUCAGUGAAAAAAGAAACAGGUGCUUGUGUUUUGAGGAGAAGGGAGGUCAAAUACCUGUUUUUGAACUUGAAAUGGGAUUUUUCUUAUGAAAUCUUGCCUCUGGAGAUCUCUAACAAACAUUUUCUGCAGGAUUUUUCUGAAAGCCUCAUGACUUUUUAUUGAGACUGACUGAAAUACUUAACGGGGGGAAUAAAAAAAUUCAGAGAAAAAUGUUUUCUUUUGAGAUAGCAAGUUAUUAAUAAGUGAUAAAAGCCUCAGCCAUUUUUCUUGGAGCUGUUGCACUUGCUUGACCCCUGGGAAGAACCAUGAAGAUCUUAAAGCAUGUUGUGAAUAAUCUUUCAUUUAAUAGACCGGCGUGGAACUGGCACAUUCAGGACCCAGCGAGCCAGCGGUUGACAUGGAACAAACCUCCCAAGAGCGUCCUUGUUAUUAAAAAGAUCCGUGAUGCCAGUCUGCUGCAGCCCUUUAAAGAGCUUUGUGUGUAUCUCACUGAGGAGAACAAUAUGAUAGUGUAUGUAGAAAAAAAAGUAUUGGAAGACCCCGCUAUAGCUAACGAUGAUAAUUUUGGACCAGUGAAGAAGAAAUUUUGCACCUUCAGAGAAGAUUAUGAUGAUAUCUCCAAUCAGAUUGACUUUAUCAUAUGCCUGGGAGGAGACGGGACCUUACUUUAUGCUUCUUCACUUUUCCAGGGUAGUGUACCUCCAGUUAUGGCUUUUCAUCUGGGAUCCCUUGGAUUUCUUACUCCAUUUAAUUUUGAGAAUUUUCAGUCCCAAGUCACUCAGGUUAUAGAAGGCAAUGCAGCACUUGUUCUGCGAAGCAGACUGAAAGUGAAAGUAGUAAAAGAGCACAGAGAGAAAAUGACAGUCCAGAACGGAAUAGAAGAAAACGGGGUAGUGUCUGCAAACCUCGAGAAAGAAAUGGGCAAGCAAAUUAUGCAAUAUCAGGUCCUAAAUGAAGUUGUGGUGGAUCGUGGUCCUUCGUCUUACCUGUCCAACGUAGAUGUCUUUCUCAACGGGCACCUGAUAACAACUGUGCAAGGAGAUGGAGUCAUUGUCUCCACGCCGACCGGUAGCACCGCAUACGCAGCCGCAGCAGGAGCUUCCAUGAUUCACCCCAACGUUCCUGCAAUAAUGAUCACCCCCAUCUGCCCUCACUCCUUGUCUUUCAGACCCAUUGUUGUCCCUGCUGGAGUGGAACUCAAGAUUAUGCUCUCCCCGGAUGCCAGGAAUACAGCAUGGGUUUCCUUUGAUGGAAGGAAGAGGCAGGAAAUAUGCCAUGGAGACAGUAUUAGCAUCACUACCUCUUGCUACCCCCUUCCUUCGAUCUGUUUCCGAGAUCCUGUGAGCGACUGGUUCGAAAGCUUGGCCGAGUGUUUACACUGGAAUGUUCGGAAGAAGCAAAAUAACUUUGCUGUUGAAGAAGAAGAAUUUUGAGUGUCUACGUCUACCAAGACUCGUGGGAAUGGAAAGGGGCAGUGUCCCUUCUAUAGGCCUGGGCUUUUCAGUUUUUGGCUAAUGAGUGUGGUCACAGUGGUUGUAUCUGUCUGAUCUGCUGAUGGCUGGAGAUUAUUGUGCUACUUCCUGUCCACCAAGAGUAGGAAUGGAAGAAAUUAGGCUCUGAUGGUUGGAAUCCAAUUUGAAUUUCCUUUAAAUGAGCAAUCUGAAAAUGGGCUAUUUCCGAUUGGUAGUGACAACCGCAUCUGUAGAUUUGAUUGUAACCUCUAACUUACCAAUAACGUGGUAGGCUGAAUGUAGAUACCUAAUAGAAAAGUGGCAUUGCAACAGUCUGUUUAAUUUGAUAUAUUUAUAAUUCCAUUGGAGACUGCUAUGCACAUAAAGGCUCUGAGAAAUUUUCUUAAAAAACAAAAGCUCCUCUUUGUUAGCUUAAAUACGUCUUGCUCAGAACAGCUCCCCAUCAAGGCAGCGCUUAAAAUAUUUUCUCCUUGUGAGUGUGACACACCCUGAAGAAACACCCCUGAAGAAUGUUUUUAUGAAUAGAUGGAACUAGUAAAAAAAAGUAUAUAUCAUUUUUUAUAUACACGUGUCUCUCUUAACAUCCCUUUGAACAGUGUUUGACCCUUGGCUGUCACCACUGUGUAAA